AUGAUGCAGUGGUCGUCAUUCGUUCAGAAAGCUCAGUCUUUCAUCGACCCGGCCAAUUUCAACCUACCGACUCUGACAUCCUCCGAUCGCAAUCCCUCCAAAGCGUCCCUCUUCCGUCAGCAGUUCCGUCUCCCUGAUUCCCAAAACCCAUUGCAGGAAGUAACCGCCGAGUUAAUUCUUCCUGUCCCGCAUACCUCCGAUCAAUCUCGGCCUCUUGACCGCGCAGGCAAUCGGUAUGCCGGGAAACUCCAUCUGAGCGAACGCUUUCUCUGCUUCUCCACACAGCCGACUAGCUUCGCACCGUCCUCAACACUCAGCGCCUCUACGCACUGGACCGGUCAGACGAAUGGCACCGGGCCUUCUGGCAAUGGUUUCACCCUUCCGCUCUGCUGUAUCCGGCGGGUGGAAAGGCUGAAUAGUCUCAGUCACGUCUUCUCGCUCGCGUUGACUACGUGGAAUGGCGCCCUGGGAAAGCAGCAAGCUCCAGAUUUUGUUCCGCAGAGAUUCACCAUCCAGCUAGUGGGGAGCAGGCAGGCCUGCGAACGAUUUUGUGAUGGCUUAAAGAAGGGACUGCGGGAAGCGAUGAAGGAGAUUGAUAGUCUACGGAUGGUUGUAAAUGACUGUUACUCGGAAUAUUUGCUUUCCGGGGCCAAGUCCAAAGACCAGAAUCCAGAUAAUCCUGAAGCGCGCCAACCGCCAGAUGCCGGACUGGGGAUGAUCUUCCGUUAUCCUGGUGAUGCUCGCAAACUGCGUGACCGCAGCAAAAUGAGGCUAUGGGGGGAAUACUUCAGAGAAAAUGGCCGAAACGCAACCUUGGUUCGGCAGCCGACUUUUCAUAAGCUGAUUCGCGUCGGUCUACCAAAUCGUCUGCGUGGAGAGAUAUGGGAGGUGACGUCUGGGUCUUUGUACCUUCGUCUGAGGUCGCCCAAGCUAUACACAGAGACUCUGGCCAAAUUUUCGGGCCAGGAGUCCUUGGCAAUCGACGAAAUUGAGAAGGACCUGAACCGGAGUCUCCCAGAGUACCCCGGCUUCCAAAGUGAGGAGGGCAUUGGCCGGUUGCGAAGAGUCCUUACAGCUUACAGUUGGACUAAUGCGGAGAUUGGAUAUUGUCAGGCUAUGAAUAUUGUUGUGGCAGCUCUGUUGAUAUAUAUGUCAGAGACGCAAGCUUUUUUCCUGUUGUCCGUACUGUGCGAUCGCCUUUUGCCAGGGUACUAUUCCACAACCAUGUACGGCACCCUGCUGGAUCAGAAGGUGUUCGAGUCAUUGGUAGAAAAGACCAUGCCGGUAUUGUGGGACCACCUUUCCAAGUCUGAUGUUCAGCUAUCAGUCGUUUCGCUUCCUUGGUUUCUGUCGCUAUACAUCAACUCUAUGCCACUGGUCUUUGCAUUCCGGGUGUUGGAUGUGUUUUUCUUAGAAGGCCCAAAGGUACUCUUUCAGGUUGGCCUCGCCAUCCUCCGCAUCAACGGCGAAGAGCUCCUGGAUGUCCAAGACGACGGGUCUUUUAUUUCAGUCCUCAAAUCUUACUUCUCGCGCUUGGAUGAGUCGGCACAUCCAAGAUCGGAGAAUCCAAAGCUGAGAGCCAUCACGCGAUUCCAAGAGUUAAUGGUUGUUGCUUUCAAAGAAUUCUCCGGCAUCACCCAUAGCACCAUCACUGAACAACGUGAGAAGCAUAAGGACGCGGUCCUCGAGAAUAUCGAGAGUUUUGCUAAACGCACAUCGAUUCGGAACCUUGGCCCAGACAGCAAACGCCUCAGCAUGGAUGACCUGGGUCUGAUCUAUGACCGAUUUUACGAAGUGCUGUAUGACCGCCAGCAGAGGCAAAGGCUUAUCGACGAGGAAAAGAAGCGUCAGGAGAAGAAAAAGGCCGAACGAGCUUCAAUACUCGGCCCUCCGGUAGACCGAGAGGUGGGCCGGGUCGGCCUUGGACCCAGCCCAACUCAUAUGGACUACGACGCAUUCCGCGAUUUCCUCGCUAUUACAGCGAAAUGGGCUGUUGCCGAUUCUCCCGGGCCGUCGCGAAAGGAGUCAUCGGCCGAUAUGAAUGGCAGCCUUAAAGGCUUCGGGAAAUGGGCAUCUGGCAUGACUAAUAAGCCUGAACCUGCAGACCACGAAUUCAUGCAAAGGCUUUUCCGCAAAUGGGCCACGGAUCCAUCGGAAGGCCUAAGCUUGCAAAACGUGGUCAAUGGCCUCGCACGGCUGAAGGGGACUCGGGACAUCAUGAAUAGCAUUAACUACUUUUUCGAUCUGUAUGAUGACAAUGGCGAUGGAAAGGUCGACCGGGAAGGCAUACUUCGGAUGUCAGAAGCUUUGCUCUUCCUUUCUCGCCGAGGGUUCGAGGGUACCAUCACGCCGAGCCAAUCUCUGGAAGAUUUGAAUGACCGAAAUCACCCAGAACGGGAUAAGCUGAGCACCGAUGAAAGAUUCCUGGGUAGCGUCAGCUCGUUCAUCCGCCGAUGUUUCGAGUAUGCUGAUCCUAGCAACCCCGAGGGGAAGACGACCGAAACCGCCAACGACGUGGAGGAGGCAGCUGACAAGAUGGGCUCCUUUGCUAUUGGAGAUGACGACGAGGAGGAUCUCAUCGACAUGGAAGACAAUAACAAACCCAAGGAAACUGCAACACCGGAAGCACCAGCUAACGAGCAUGAUGCGGACGGCAACACAGAGCAUAGCCGCAAGACAUCAGAAGCUGCCAAUCCGGCGCUUGAUCCCAACAAUCCCCUUCAUAUCACCCUUCCGACCUUCCGGAUGGUCAUUCUGGCUGAUGAGCUGCUGGAGCAAUUCUUUGAGACCUUCUUCCCCCAAUCGUUCCGUCUUUCCGAUCAUCCCCACCCUGCAUCAACAGCCACAUCCCUUUCGUCGAAUCUCACCACGUUUUCAAACAUCGGCGCGGCUAAAGCCCACGUCAGCGUCGUAUCAGGUGCACCAGUUGCCGGGGCAUCGGGCGGUAUCGUCCCCCCAGGCAAAGGUCUCCGCGGUGUCCUGGACAACAUCGUCUCCGACGGCAUCCGAAUGGCCGCCGAGGUCAAGAAGCGAAUGGACGAGGCUCAACGGGAACUGGAGCGCAAUGCUCUCCACCGAGAAGACGACGAGGAAGACGAGGAGGACGAUUUCGAUCCCCGCAGCGGCGCCGCUGCUUCGGCCGUCAUGGUCGGAGGAAUAUCUAGCUGGGGCGCUGGGGCAUACGGCGCCGACCCCGAGCGCCGCAGCGUCCGCGACGCAGACCGUGACCUGCUCGAGGGAGCUGAAGUGCUCAGUGUCCGCGAGAAGGAUAGUCUCUCGCUCAUCGAUGGCAAAGACGGACACCGGGGCUCGGGCGAGAGUAGUAGUGGUCAUGCCUCGCAGGCAGACGCAUCAGCACGACGGACAUCUGAUCCUGAACAUGAGGACCGGGUCGUCAGUAAAGUCGUCGAAUUCGACUCAUAG